ACAACUUCUCCUGCUUUCUCUGCCGCUCCGCUCAGCGGUCCCUGAGAGCCUCCGCAGGAGAAGUGAGGAGAGGACAGAUCACCUGCAGGCUGGCACGGAAUAUCACUCAGCAUCCUGUUUGUUUUCAUUACCUGAGAGACUUUUUGCAGCGAGAGGGACCAGCCCCCGCCGAACUCAGCAUCUCCCCGGGUCCCACACAUCUUCCCACUGACACUGAGAGGCAUCGGCUGCACCCUGAGCAGCGCAAGUGGCACGCACCAUCCGGAGCAACGACUGGGAGAGCACGUCCUAUCGCUGCCUUGUGGGCUCGCAUGCUGCAAGCAACUGUGGGGGGCCGUAUAUGGAAAUUGUGGGGUGUAGAACAGACGAAAGUGCCUAUCCUUUCCGGCCAGCAGCCAUGCUCUUCCAUGGGAUAACCGGGGGCCACAUCCAAGGCAUCAUGGAAGAGAUGGAGAGGAGGUCCAAGUCCGCUGACAGCCGCUUGGCCAAGGGUAUCCAGGUCAAUGGCAGAGAAACAAGGAUGCCUUCCCUGAGCCCUGAGAAGCCUGCACUGUGCGCUGGGUGCGGGGGCAAGAUCUCAGACAGAUACUACCUCUUGGCUGUGGACAAGCAGUGGCACCUGCGCUGCCUGAAGUGCUGCGAAUGUAAGCUGGCCCUUGAGUCGGAGCUGACUUGCUUUGCUAAGGAUGGCAGUAUAUAUUGCAAGGAGGACUAUUACAGAAGGUUUUCGGUGCAGAGGUGUGCCCGUUGCCAUCUUGGCAUUUCAGCCUCAGAGAUGGUAAUGCGAGCACGGGAGUCCGUCUACCACCUAAGCUGCUUUACGUGCACAACCUGUAACAAGACGUUAAGCACGGGAGAUCACUUUGGCAUGAAGGAAAACCUUGUCUACUGCCGGAUUCACUUUGAGCUUCUUGUCCAGGGGGACUUUCAUCAGCAGCUAAAUUACACUGAGCUCUCAGCCAAGGGUGGGGGGAUAGCCACCCUGCCGUACUUCAGCAAUGGGACAGGCACAGUGCAAAAGGGAAGACCAAGAAAGAGGAAGAGUCCAGCUCUGGGUGUGGACAUCAUCAACUAUAGUUCAGGUUGUAACGAAAAUGAGACAGAUUUGGAUCGGGACCAGACGUACCCUCCUUCUCAAAAGACGAAACGGAUGAGAACCUCUUUUAAACAUCACCAGCUCCGUACAAUGAAGUCCUAUUUUGCCAUUAACCACAAUCCAGAUGCAAAAGAUCUGAAACAACUGGCCCAGAAAACUGGAUUAACAAAGAGAGUUUUGCAGGUUUGGUUUCAAAACGCACGAGCGAAAUUCAGAAGGAAUCUUUUGCGUCAGGAGAAUGGGGGAGGCGAUAAAGUUGAAGGUCCCUCUCUCAGCGCUCCAGCAUCUGCAGAGAGUGCUGCACUAACGCCAACCGGUGCCACGUCCACAUUAUCAGACCUCACCAGCCCCUCCCUCAAUGUCGGGGCAUCUGUAACCCCAAAUAUGGACACCCAUGAGUCCGGGAGCCCUUCUCAAACAACACUAACCAACCUUUUUUAACAUCUGCUGCGGCUCUACACUUGCUGUCCCCUAUGAAUAUUUUCACAAGACUGCAUUAUUUUUAUUAUUAUUUUUUUCUACCAUCCAUUGAAAUACACUUCAAAAUAUUUUGGAAGAAAGAAGAAAUUUAAGGUAGACACUCAGUGAAGCAAAUGCAGAAGAUAGGCUUCUGUUGUAUUACUGUUCACAGAAAAUGUUAAAGUCUGCAUGAUGAAGGUGGUAACAUGAACUCUAAAUUGAAAAGGAUAUAUGUAGAAGGGCAGAGCUUGUAAAGAUGCAAGAUAAUGACAAUCCCUCAAAAACAUUUGUGUGAAAUCUUGCAUAUAACCUAUUACUGAAAUAUAUUAACCUUAUUGCAUUGCCAGUGCAGGGGAUUUUCACUUACAUUUUGCUCUUCUCUCUAUCUCUCUCACUGUGAAAUUCUCUAUGCCCAUUAACUCAUAUUGCUGGGACUGCAGCUUGACUGCUGUCACAGACCUGCCACAACGUUCAUUGAUUUUCUUUUUGUGUGUCCAUCUAGCUAGCUCUGAAAAAGUCUCACUACACUUUUCAGGAAAAAAAUAAUUAUUGUAGUAAAUUGCCCUAUUUAUUAAAAUUUGUCCAAAAGCUCAUUUCCUACCUUCUUGGAAGCUAAAAACGGUUCUGUUGCACAUCUUUUUCAAAAAUGUUAGACUUUUCUCUCUUACUUCCUCCAGUGAGCCUCCCUCUGUUCUCCUCUCUCAAUAAUUAUAUUAAAUGUCCUUCGAUGGUUCUGCAGAAAGACCUGUUCUCUAGAUUUCACUCUGCCUUUAAUAGCAAAUGGGGCGAUGACUGGAUGCACAAAAAAAAUGACAUGUAAGUUAUUGGCACAAGUAAUCGGUGUCAUCAUUUAUUUUUAUGUUGAGAACAAUCAAAUGAGGUAAGGGUUAAAUUCAAAUUCACACAUCCUUAAAAGUGCCUCUAUACAAUUGUAUAUUACUUAUUUCCAUAAUCUUGAAUUAAAUUCACCAAAAUGAACUGGAAUAAAAUUAUAUUUCAUUCUAAAUUUUAGUCAAAAUGUUUUACUUUUUUUAAAUGAACACAAAGUAAAAAAAAAUGUAAUUCACACAACAUUUUUCUGCUAAAGUGAUGAAAGAUGCAUAUUAAGUUUCAGGAAAAUCAUUCGUUUUCUCAUUGUAAUUUUUUUUUUUUUUGCCAAAAAUGGUUUUCCACAAAAUUUAGGAAGCUUAAUAUUUCUAAUAUAUUUUUUAAAAAUAAGCAUUGGAUGUACAGGUAUGGGAUCUGUUAUCCAGAAUGCUC